AUGCACAUCUACCAACACCCCACAGAACUGCCCUUCCCGUCCGCUUGUGGCAUCCAUCCUACUACCCUCGCGUUGAAAGCCGCUGUGAUACGUGCUUGCGACAUUCAGAACAGCGCACUGCUUGAUUCUCUCAUAGACUGCGAGAUUGCUAGAAAUACAGAUGCGAAUCACGAACGACUUUUUUCAUUUAUUCCCCUACCAGUGCUCAGCAUUGAUAUCAUCACUUCGCGCUUCCGCGAAGCCCUUGCAUUGCGUCCGCGGGGCCAACCUGAUCACACAUUAUCUCUUUAUCAUUAUAUUUUUGCAUUGAACUGGCGCUACAACGAGGAGCCUGCCGCCGGCACUUACCUUCGUAGCAUCGAUGUAGAUGGCGCGAAUGAUUAUGUGAUCAACAAUCUUCCAAUCGACGCAUCGGAUGAAUGUGUCCACCUUCGACGAAACGUGCACGAGCUUUGUCCUCUGGACCAUCAACGCCUUCCGAUAGCACUCAACAAACUUUUACAUUCGUUCUUCACACGCUUCCGGCCCGUCUCUCUGUCCGAGGGACAUCCUGAUUAUGGUAACUAUCUGAAUGACUUGACUGUUUCACUCCGGUCCCACUUCGACCACCAAGGCAAAUCUCAUGACCUCGACGAGGUCGUCUCUAUGCACGAAGAAGCACUGCGUCUGUACCCUGUUGGGCACAAAAUUCGUGAUAGCUCAUUGCACAACCUAGUGGGCGCCCUCCGCACCCGUCUCAACAAAUGUGGUGACAUUGACGACAUCAACCGAGCUAACAGCCUCCAUCGCAAGGCACCAACACUGAACCCGCCUGGUCAAUCCACUUCGUGA